CUGGGGGCAAGGGUGAUCUGUGAUAAUAUUCCUGGGCUGGUCAACAAACAGCGACAGCUGUGCCAGAGUUAUCCAGACAUCAUGCAGUCGGUCGGGGAUGGAGCAAAGGAGUGGAUCCGCGAAUGCCAGCACCAGUUCCGUCACCAUCGCUGGAACUGCAGCACUUUGGAUAGAGACCACACAGUCUUUGGCAGAGUCAUGCUGCGAAGUAGCAGGGAAGCAGCCUUCGUCUAUGCCAUCUCCUCUGCGGGAGUCGUCUACGCCAUCACCCGCGCUUGCAGCCAAGGCGAGCUAAAGGCCUGCAGCUGUGAUCCCCACAAGCGGGGCCGCUCCAAAGAUGAAAGAGGAGAGUUUGACUGGGGGGGCUGCAGUGACAACAUCAACUAUGGAAUCAAGUUUGCAAAGGAAUUUGUAGACGCCAAGGAGAAAACUGUGAAAGACGGCCGGGCCCUGAUGAAUCUGCAUAACAACCGCUGUGGCAGGACGGCUGUGAAGCGUUUCCUGAAACUCGAGUGCAAAUGUCAUGGCGUCAGUGGCUCCUGCACCCUAAGGACUUGCUGGCUGGCAAUGUCAGACUUCCGCAAAACAGGCGACUACCUACGGAAAAAAUACAAUGGUGCCAUCCAAGUAAUCAUGAACCAGGAUGGCACCGGAUUUACCGUGGCCAAUAAGAAUUUUCGGAAACCCACAAAAACUGACCUAGUGUACUUUGAGAAUUCACCUGAUUACUGCAUGAUGGACAAGUCUGCAGGCUCGCUAGGAACAGCAGGGCGUGUGUGCAACAAGUCAUCACGUGGGACUGACGGCUGCGAGGUCAUGUGCUGUGGCCGAGGUUACGACACCACCCGAGUGAUCCGGGUCACCAAAUGCGAGUGCAAGUUCCACUGGUGUUGUGCUGUCCGCUGCAAGGAGUGUAAAGACACUGUAGACGUCCACACAUGUAAAGCACCAAAGCGGGCAGAGUGGGUCGACCAAACCUGAAACAGUGUAGCGUGGAGCUGGAGAGGGAAAGAAAAAAAACUGGCACCGUGCCACUCAUGGGCCUGGGCAUUCUGGGAGUUGUAGUUCUACUGCAUGGCUUUUAUUUAAAUUAAUUCUGCAAAGCACUAAGGAGAAGACUACAUUCCCCAUGGGGUACAGCGAACUCUUCUGCUCACCCAGGAGAACUCAUUCCCUGCUUUAAAAAAUGGAAUUUGCAAAUGACAGAAACCUGUGGGGGUUCCCAUGCCUCUUGUGCAAAUAAAAUAAAACAAAAUAAAAUAAAAUGGGGGGCUGGACUAGGGGAGAGGCUGCCAUUGCAUAGGAGCAAAGGAGACUGAGAAUCAGGUUGUGCUUAGCUGGAGAACCCUGCUUCUAUCUAAUGAAUAUGUUUUAGCCAUAAAUGACAAAUAUACUAAAAAUGUAGGAAGAAAAACUUCUACCCUCGAAGAAAGCACUCUUUCUCCCCCAAAGAAGACGGCUGUACAGUCCUACAGAAGCUCCGUGCCCUGCUAAGGUCUUCUCUCAAUAGAGAUCACACAUAUCUGCACUAUGGACAUCAGCUGAACAUGAGCAUCUUUGUGUAAAGGGACUUAUUAUUUUUACCCUCCCACUGGAGUUACAAAUGGUCUGCAAAAAUUGGGGGGGGGGGGGGAGAAAAGAAAGAUGUCUACCAGAAAGAGGGAGAGAGAAAAAGAUGAAAAUGAGAGAGUGUGUGUGGUUGGACAUACUGGUAGGUUCUAAAAGGAAACUAAUAUAACAGUGUGACAAUUUUGUACAAAUCUGUACAUUGUGUACACUGCUUUAAAUACUUUAAAAUCAAAAACUCAUAUAAACCUAUAUCAGAAAAUGAUGCCUUUUGCUUUGUGACUUUCUGCACUCAUGACUAAUUAGAUGACCCAUGAACAAGUCCAAUCCUAUGUUCUUAUAACACACUGAUCAUCUUUGUGCUUCUGGAUUGUAAAGUGAGAGCAAAGUUCCUAAGGCCAAUCGCAGCAUCUUAACAUUUGAAAUCACCUAGAGUAUCAAAACAGACAUCAUUUCACCAACCCUCCUCCUCCACUCCUACCAACACAAUCUUUGUAUGUUUCUGCCACUUCUUUCCUGGCAAUGUUUGCUCUGCUAUCCUUCAGAAUAUUGAUGGCCCCUUCUGCUCACCCUGCAUGCAGGGGGCAUAGGGGAGCACUCCCCCACAUAUGAGGAUCUGCAUGUAAAGUAUUUGGCAGUGCCAAGUAAUCCAGGUGUCAGAUUUUCAUGCUAUGGCAACUCACAGUUAACUGAUGACUGUGGGGGCUUUGCAUCUCUAACAGAAUCCCACUGGAUGAAACAGGACAGCUGACUAGGUUAGGUUCACAGUGCAGCUAUAACCUUCAUGAGCUCAGCAGAAGCCAAUUAAUCAAUCUCAACAAUUUAAUCAACACACUUGCACUAGAUCUAUGUGACCUUACUGUUGGAGCUGUGCAUUCCCUAGCAUCUACAAUCAGUAUAUUUCUACUGAUUGUCCAAAUUUACUGAAGACUCAGAUGCAAGACCCAGUGAGGUCAAUGGAACAUAUUCUCAGCUAAGAGUCUACAGGACUGCAGAGCCCUAUGUAGCUUCCCCUUUAUUUAUUCUUAAUAACCUCAAAAGCAUUUUGAAAGUAUUCUUCUUGCCUAUCUUUACAAAGAACACUGCAAGAGGAG